AUGGUUGGGAUAUGGGGGGUUGGGGGAAGUGGUAAGACUACUCUUGCAACUUCUCUUUGUAUGAGAAUCUCUUGUCAUUUUCAAGGUCAUUGUAUUGUUGAAACUAUUCGAGAGGAAUCGGCCAAAUGUGGUUUAAAAACAUUGCAAGAAAAUAUUCUAUCGUGUCUUUUGAAAAUAGAGACUAGGUUGCAGAGUGUUGCACAAGGAAAGCACAUUAUAAGAAGUAGGUUAAGUCAAAGCAAUUUUUUAAUAAUUCUUGACGAUGUCGAUCACAUUGACCAACUAGAUGCUUUAGCCGGAUCGCAUGAUUGGUUUGGCAAUGGUAGCCGAAUCAUAAUCACAACAAGAAAUAAAGAAUUGCUAAUAAGCCACAAGGAAGUCCAAGUAUGUCCUGUCACAUUGUUAUCACCUGAAGAAGCUAUUCAACUUUUUAAUAAAAGAGCAUAUAACAAAAACAAGCCUGUAAAAGAUUAUGAUUCACUUUCACUAAGUGUGGUUUCUUAUGCUGUUGGGCUCCCAUUAGCCCUCAAAGUUAGAGGUUCUUUUCUAUGUGGCAAAAACGAGGAGGAGCGGAGGUGUACCUUGGCUAGACUGAAAGAAAAACCAGAUAUGAAAUUGUGGAAAUCCUCAAAAUUAGUUAUGAUGGGCUUAAACCUUCGGAGAAACAGUUAUUCUUAG